CUUUAUGGGAAAACCAAAGCGAUUAAAGAUACAUUAUCAAUUGAAAAUGAAAAAAUUUAAAUAAAAAAAUCUUUUUCAAGCUUCGUCGAAGAUUGCAAGUUCCCGUUUUAGUCUUCGACCUAAAUCCACCAAGAAGGUCAUAAGCAUUCUCAUAGAAUACUUGAAGAAAAACUAUAUAUAGCCCAAUCGCUGGCAAUCAACCUCUACCAAAUUCAAGACAUUCAUUUCUCAUAUUGUUGUAUUAAUUUCUCUUUAUUUUGUUGAAGCAAAAUGUCUGCGGAACACGAAAAAGAAUACGCUCUUUUCAACCAUAUAUUCUCUUUGCCCUCUGAAAAGUUGAAUGCAAUUCGUGGAAAACCAGAGUUAGUUUUGUCUGCCAUCGACGAUUAUCAAAAGAAUACAGAGACUCACUACAUGGAUAUUGGCCAAGCCAAGGGUCAAAUUAUCGUUGACAAAAUCCGAGAAAAGAAACCCAAGAUUAUGGUGGAGCUAGGUGGAUACCUUGGAUACUCUGCCAUUUUAUUUGGAAAAGAGCUUUUGCAAGAUUCAACUGCACAUUACUAUAGUCUAGAAGCUAAUCCGACAUUUGCUGAAAUGGCUACUAAGUUGAUUGACUUGGCCGGAAUUUCUGAAAAGGUAACUAUUUUAGUUGGUCCUGCAACAACAUCUCUAGUAAGUCUACAGAAAGAGUUGCAAAAACAAGAUUCUGGAGUCCGCACGUUCGACUUUGUUUUUAUCGACCACUGGAAAGACUUGUACGUUCCUGACUUGCGAGUGAUGGAAUCUUUGAAUCUAAUUGCUCCUGGGACAGUUUUAGUAGCCGAUAACAUUUAUCAUCCUGGUGCUCCUGAGUAUGUCAAAUACAUUCAAGGCACUGCGGAUUCAAAGCGUGAACACAAUGCUAGCAUUCCUAAUGCAAAUGGACACAGCUUUGUUGGAAGAUGGGAUAUCGUUUACGACUCGAAAACCAUACCUGUUGAGCUCGAAAAUAGAAGGGACGCUAUUGAACUCACUUAUUGCACAGGUUACGCGGAAAAAUGAAUCACGCUUCUUUCACCGUAGACCAUAUUUUUCCAUACGCUCAUUGAAUUGCUUUGUAAUGAUCUUUUGAGACAUUUAAGACAUCUUUAAUUGCUAUUUAAAUAAAUCUUUCGCUUUCUAUGCUUUA